AUGGGCUGUUCAAGAAUGGGCCUGGGCCCUCUGUAUAAGCCUUUGUUGCGUACAGCUCUUAACAUACACCCACACCACACUGUAUACAGCAGCGAAGACCACUGUAUGGCACUCUACACUUCCUCUCUCACUCUCCCUUCAAUUCCCGCCAAAAUUCCAAGCUCUAAUGGCUGUAUCCUACGCACCUCCUGCGCUAUCCUACACCAUCCUUCUUCAACAGCUUCUGUCUCUUCGAAACUCGUCCCUUCAAAGACCUUCUCGAACCUUCUCAGGGCCACACCACCUCAGAAAUACGUCUACCCUGAUCCAAUCCCCGAAUUCGCAAUCUCUGAAACGCAGAAAUUCAGGGAUGAGCUACUGAAGAAGCUAUACAAGGACAAGGACACAUUUGGGGAUGAUCUCCAAAUCGUCGUAAACGUUUGCGCUGAGAUUUUUGGUGAAUUUCUGCACAAAGAGUACGGAGGACCUGGGACAUUAUUGGUGGAGCCUUUCACAGAUAUGUUGGUUGCACUCAAGGAGAAGAAACUUCCUGGAGCCCCGUUGGCUGCUCGGGCAUCUCUAUUAUGGGCACAAAAUUAUGUUGAUCAAGACUGGGAAAUUUGGAACUCAAAGCUGCCCAAGUGAUCAUCCCUAAAUAUUUCAUUUAUGACCAUGAACAUUGUAAAGCUUAUAUGAAAAAUACAAAUUCUAAUUUCGAAUCUGGGUAAUGAGAAAAAUCCCGAAUCCAUUGCUCAGGCAUCUCUAUUAUGGGCACAAAAUGAUGUUGAUCAGAAUUGGGAAAUUUGGAACUCAGAACCGCCCAAGUAACCAUUCCUAAAUCUUUCAUUUAUGACCAUGAACAUUGAAAAGCUUGAAGGCAAAGUGUAAAUUCUAAUUUCA